AUGUCUUAUCUUUGUGGACUAACUGUUGAAGAAUGCUUCCUCCUGCACAAGAUCACUGAGAAGCGAGAAAAAGACUUUGAAGAUAAGAGUCUCCUCAAAAUAGUACUCCACAAUUCGAUGCUGAAAAAGACGAGAAAGUGGAGAAGAAUCCACAAAGUUGUUCAAUUGCGAAAUUUGGCUGAGGCUACUGGCCAGCCGUUUUUUGAAAACCGAUACCCAUUGGAGUACCGUCAAGCGUUUGCCGAAGUGGAUCGUGAGAAAGCGGAUGGAUGGGAAAACAUCGACAACCGGCAAGAUGAGUCUGAUUUAUCUAGUUCGUCGGACUCUUCGGACUCAUCUGAUUCGUCUUCGUCUUCUUCGUCUGAUGAAAGCGAUGAUGACGAUUACGGAGAACAACCAUCAACUUCUGAUGGGAGAGAAAAAAUAAUUUAUACUAGAAAGCGCCAUGCUCAAAGAAGUGCUCCCAAUCCUUCCUCAAAUGCCAAACGUGGAAAAAUGGCUGACUCAAGAACGAAGGCUCAGAAAAAGGAAUAG